AUGGCGGAGCAGGAGGAGGAUUUUUCCCGUGCCGUGGUGGCUGCUUUCCCCGGUGACACCAAGCGACGGGCUGAGCACGGUGGUGAUGCUAAGGCUGCUGGGCAGUCCCAGGGAGACGGCAGCCAUCCGGCGGCUGGGGACGCUCGGAGGCAUCAGAGGGGACGUGCGGAGCACCGGAGACACACCAUCACCAACGGCGUGGACUUCAGCAUGCUGAAGAACAUGAAGGAGCUGGAACAGGAGAAGGAUUUCCUGCUGCAGGGUCUGGAGCUGGUGGAGCGCGCCCGGGAGUGGUACCACCGGCACAUCCAGUUCAUGCAGGAACGCCAGAGGCUCCUGGGGAAGAACAAGACCAGUGCUGAAUUCCUCCCAGAGGGCAGUCAGAGCCACCUGGGGCUCCUGGUCCCCAAGCUACAGGAGGUGAACCGCUGCCUGGGCGAGCUCCUUUCCACCGCCGGCCAGGAGGUGACCGACAAGAGCGAGCGCAUCACCCAGCUGGAGCAGGAGAAAUCUGCCCUCAUCAAGCAGCUCUUUGAGGCUCCUCUGCCUGUCCCGCUGUCGGACACCGGCUCCCUGGGGCGACAUCCCGAGUGUGAACUGCACUUCUCCGGGGCUCUUGGGGUGGUCCACGCCUGGGUCCCGUUAGACUGGUGCAUCCCAGGAUACCUCCUCCUUCCCGCCCAGCUCAGUGAUGAUGCCUGA